AUGAAUCGUCGGAUGAAGAGUACCAAGAAGGUGGAUUUGAAACGGAAGAAGAUGAAUCGUCAGAGAGUGACGAAUUAUCGGAACCUGAAUGGGAUAGUCCAUCAAAGCGACGACGAUCCACAAAAUCGACUAGAGCUCAAGGCGCAUCUCGCUAUUUCUGUUAUUUCGCCAGAAAUAUACAUUUAUAUCUUUCAGCAAAGCGAUGGUCUCGAAGCUGUCCGAUUGAGUUUACAUACGUCUGAGAUGCCCGAACAUUUGCCGUGCAGAGAAGAAGAAUUCGAAAAAAUUUAUUCCUUCAUAAGGCAGUCCAUUCAAGAGGAUGCGCUCUCUCGGUCGAUGUAUAUCAGCGGGGUACCAGGUACCGGCAAAACGGCAACAGUUAUUCAGGUCNUAUUCAUUUACAUUCUCAUCUUUCCUGGAUGUCCUCAGUUCAGCUUUAUUAUGGUGAAUGGAAUGGAAAUCGCCGAUCCUAAACAAAUAUUCACUGAAAUCUAUGUUCAAUUAUUUGGUAGUAAAAAGAAAAUUGCUGCGAGUACGGCUCGUCGUAAGCUGAAUGAUAUGUUCCAGUACUCUGAUUCCAAACGAAAACCGAUUGUUAUCGUCAUUGAUGAGUUGGAUUUGCUGUGUACGAAACGACAAGAAAUAAUUUACGAUAUUUUCAAUUGGUCAUCAAAUGAGGAAAGUGGAGUGAGUGUGUUGGCGAUUGCAAAUACGUUGGAUUUACCCGAGCGCAUUUUGUCAAGACGUGUUGGGAGUAGAUUGGGUUUGAAUCGGUUGUGUUUCCAACCAUAUGAUCAUGACCAGAUUGCAUUCAUUAUUCGAAACCGACUUUCUGGAUCAUCGGCUGUUCAAGAGGAUGCGUUGGAAUUUGCGAGUCGUAAAGUCGCUUCGGUAUCAGGUGAUCUUCGUAAAGCGUUGGAUAUUCUAAGGCGUGCAACACAAUUGGCAAUUAAUUACAAGGCGAAACAGCUGACCAUGAAACAUGUACAAGAUGCUGUGAAAGAAGCUUCAACAACGGCUAGUGUUGACUUGGUGCAUUCAUUGUCACGACAUUCUUUGAUGAUCCUUCGUUCGGCUUUAGCAGAACAAAUUAGUUGUGGUUUGGACGAGUUUCUCUUUAGUGACCUUCUGAAGCAAUAUCGGUUACAGUGUCAUGUGCAGCAUAUUGAUCCACUUCCAGUGAGUUCGGUGUAUGCAAAUGCAAUGGAAAUGUGCACGUAA